AUGGCAGAAUUUGAUCAGACCAAGGCCUACGCCGAGCAGGAGGAAGUCUUCUUUGACGAUGGCCGUGAACUCGAGCUCUUGCACUUUGUUUACGGCAAGCCAGAGAUCGAGGAGAUUCGUGGCAAUCCUCAGAAGGUCCUGGCCGCCAUUGAUGAGUUUGCAAGGACGAAGAAGUACCUCAUGAACGUGGGAGAGGACAAGGGCAAGAUUGUUACCGACUUGAUCUCGGAGGUCAAGCCAGAGACUAUGGUUGAGUUGGGAGGCUACAUUGGUUACUCCUGCAUUCUCUACGCCGACGCCGUUCGCAAGGCUGGUGGUAAGCGUUACUUCAGUCUUGAAAGAGACCCCGUCUUUGGUGCUGUCAUCUCCUCGCUGGUUGACUUGGCUGGUCUGGGUGAUCUGGUCAAGGUCAUCAUCGGUUCCAGCGCUGUCUCAAUCAAGAGAUUGCAUACUGAGGGCACCCUCAAGCAUAUCGACAUGAUGUUCCUCGACCAUUACAAGCCCGCCUACAAGACCGACCUGAAGCUCUGCGAAGAACUCAAGCUUGUGACUCCUGGAACCGUGCUGGCAGCCGAUAACGUCAUCAAGCCCGGCAACCCUCCCUACCUCGAGUACGUUCGCAGCAGUGUUGCUGAGAAGCGCAAGGCCGCAGAAGCUUCUUCGGACGAGAGCAACCCCGAUGCUAGAUUCGCCGACAGAACCGCCAAACAGUACGCCAACAGGCAGACGGAGGAGAAGCUGCAACAGUCCAGAGGCAACCCCAACCUGGUUUACGACAGCAAGCUCAUCAACAGCUACGAGCCUUCAGGGGUACCGGACGGUGUCGAAAUCACUCGUUGCACUGGCGAAGAGCUCAAUCCUUUCGCUAACCUCCUGCGAGUGCUGUGCUGCUUGGAGCUCUUUCCUCGAGGCGUCUCUCGCUCCUUCCCUCUCGCAGCCACCAUGCUCACUGCUGAGUCGUCGCGCUUUGCGCAUGCAUUGCAGAAUGUGAAGCUGAUUGCUUUGAGCUUCUUUUUCCUGCCACUCGAUACCUUCAUCCUCUGUUUCAGCUAUGCGAUCCGCAUUCUUGUCGCCUUUCCAGCGACUUCGCAUCGCGCCCGAGUGCGGUCUACAUACACACGCUAUUUCGAGCCCCGCACAGUAUUGGUGACUGGCGUCGGCAUGACCAAGGGCCUUGUCCUCGCUCGCCUAUUCUUUAUCGCUGGUCAUAACGUUAUCGGUGCUGAUUUCGAGCCGCCAUUCUUGCCAAUCACUUGCGGGCACGUGUCACGCUCAAUCAAGGCUUUCCACCGUCUUGCGAAGCCUGAUGGCACCAGAGAAGGAUCUUCCAGAUAUUGCCAAAGUAUUCUGGACAUUGUCCGAAAGGAAAAGGUUGACCUGUGGGUCAGCUGUUCCGGUGUAGCGAGCGCUGUUGAAGAUGGUCAGGCCAAGGAGAUGAUCGAGUUGCUCACAAAGUGCAAAGCCGUCCAGUACAAUGUAGCCACAACACAGAAGCUGCACGAGAAGCACUCAUUCACCGAGUACACCAAGUCUCUUGGACUCACAGUCCCCGAGACCCAUACCAUCACAUCAAAAACCGCUGCAUUGAGGGUUCUCGAAGAUGUGCGACCCUCGGGUAAGAAGUUCAUCAUGAAGUUCAUCGGAACGGAUGAUUCUGUUCGAGGUGACAUGACUCUGCUGCCAUUCGACUCGGUGUCCGCGACAAAGGCGCACAUUUCUCGCCUCCAAAUCUCCGAAACCCGCCCUUGGAUCCUCCAACAAUUUAUCGAUGGUCCUGAGUAUUGCACUCAUGCUUUGGUCGUUCGUGGUGAAGUCAAGGCUUUCACUGCUUGUCCUUCUGCCGAACUGUUGAUGCAUUACGAAGCCCUCUCUCCAGAUUCUUCCCUCAGUCGCAGUAUGCUGCGCUUCACACAAGAGUAUGCGGCAAGCGACCCCGAGAACUUCACAGGCCAUCUCUCUUUCGACUUCCUGGUGGACCGAAAAGAUGCUGAGCGUGCACGGAGAGAUCCCAACAUGGUUGUCACGCUUUACCCUAUCGAGUGCAAUCCUCGCGCACAUACCGCCGUUGCUCUGUUCAACAGUACACCAGAGAUGAUCGAGAAAGGAUACAUGUCUGUCCUCGAAGAGUCCACUACACCUCGCAAAGAAGGAGCCAACGGGGCCUCGUACACACCUCCAGUGUACCCUCAUAAGCCAGGACAAUACUACUGGAUCGGUCAUGACCUGGUAACAUGUGUUAUACUGCCCGCUCUCUCACUCUUCAAGAUCCACGGUAACAGCUUUGUCAAGGCUUUCGAGCACUUUGGCACUUUCCUUGAGCAUCUCUUCUUCUGGAGAGACGGCACUUAUGAAAUCUGGGACCCGCUUCCAGCUUGGUGGCUGUAUCACGUCUACUGGCCGUUCCAGUUUGCUAAGAGCUUGGUCACAAGCUUCAAAUGGAGCCGGAUCAAUGUCAGCACCACAAAAAUGUUCGGCUGUUGA